UAUAGUAUUAGCACAGAAUGAUUUUCAUUAGUUAUAACCUAGAUUCGAAUGAAUUAUCUUUCAGCAACAACUUAAAGAUAUUCAAAAGCUUUUCAGUUCUUGACUAACAGCUGUGAAAAACAGUGCUUAUUAUUAAUUGAAAUGCAAAACCACCCACAACUUCUUCGAAGACCUUUACCUCCAAAACUCCCUAAGCUUCCUUUACAUAAGAAGAAAGUUCGUACAGUCAAGACCGGUGUAACUGAUCCACCACAUGUAAAGUUUACUCAAGAUGAAACCACUUUAAUUAAAAGAGAGAAAACUAAUUUUCCUGACAUUUCAAAAAAUCAAUCACAAACCCCUGUCAAUAUCCAAAAUCUCUCUCUUGAUCAUCAUGUACAAGAAAGAAUGACUACUAUUUCAACACUCCCAAAAUCUUCUAAGAAAGUCUGUUGGAACAUUCCAGAGACUGCUACUGGUUCCAUAUUUUUUCCAAGUUGUCAUUCAGCUUCUAGUCGAGUUUUUGGGAAAGAAACAAGCCAAAUGAAAACUUCAAGAAAAUCAAAAGAGCCAUCGAAAAUGAAAAAGAUUUAUGUUGAUAACAUGCUAAAAGACAUUCUGAUUCUCUCCUCACACUUCUCCAAACCUUCAAGUGCUGCUUCUUUGGUUAUUACUCCCAAACUCAAGAAAGUUUGCUCUGAGCAUCUACUUUUACCAAAGGCUAGGACCUAUACUUUUAAGCACAGUCUUAUAGAUUUAAGUGCAAGAAUGCCAAGCCCUUUCCCAAGAAUUAUGCCUGUUCGAGCAGAAAGAUGGCAGUCUGACCAUUUACAACAAAAUACUACAGGGCUACUAAGUAUUAGUAAUUUUACUGAUACUGUUCUCUUACCAUUACCAAUUUUACCAAGAAAACCUCAAAGACAGUCACUGAUAGAAAUUUGUAUAACAGAAAAUGAAAAUGUAGAAAGUGUUCCAAGGCAAAGUAAGCCAACCCUAUAUGAAGGUCUCAUUAAAUCUAGAAAAAGAGAUGAAUCAGAGGCAAGCGCCAUGCAUGGUGAAGGUUUUAAGACUGUUGCAGCAACACGAUAUGAAACAAUAACAGCCAUGACCAACCUGGCUGUAGUAAACUGUCAAAUAUAUGGAAGAAAUGCACUAAAUCUUAAGGGCUUUUUUAUCAUGAAUUGUCCAGACUUAACACCUUUGGCUUUUCAAUUGAUAUAUCUUAACUUAUCAUUUAAUGAUAUCAGUUCCUUUCCCACAGAGAUAUUUUGUCUUAAACAUUUACAAAUAUUAAUCCUGAGAAAUAAUCCUAUCAAAGUAAUCCCUUCUGAAAUUCAACAACUUAAAUUCCUUAGAGUUUUCAACAUUGCCUUUAAUUUGAUUACGACUCUUCCACCUGGGUUAUUUUCCUUGCUUCAUCUUGAGGAACUCGAUAUUUCCUACAAUAGUAUUGCUUUUAUUCCAAAUGAAAUACAGAAACUCAGAUCACUUAAAAAAUUGAUUGUUGACGGGAAUGACCUGACUACUUUUCCACCUGGAAUUUUGAAGCUUAACCUGAAAAAAAUUCUAUUUGAGAACAACUUUACUCAUCCUAGUCUUUGGAAAGAGAAUUCUUUAAAUAGUCCACAGCGUCUUACUCAUCUUACUUCUUUGUUCUUUUUAAAAAAUAAUCUACAUAAAUAUUAUGAUGUGAUCCCCGUAAAAAUUCAAACAUUACUAAACUGCACAACCAGAUGUGAAUGGUGUCAUGGUCCCAGAUUUGAUGGUUAUCGUGUCAUCCAAUCCUGCAAUAUUUUUGGAGCAACACACCUUCCUGUUAUGUUUCAUGUCUGUUCUUCUUCCUGCUAUAGAAAAGUAAAAGAAAAAUAG